AUGGUUUCUCAGAGGAUCGUUAAGAGGACCCCCACCAAGAGGACCCUCAAGCAGAGCCCCACCGCCCGCUUCCAUGGCCGCCGCAGCAGGUCCUCCCCGCUCAAGGACAUCGCCUCCGUGCCCACCCUCGUCGCGGCCUCCAUCGAUCGCUCCAUCCGCAGCUGCCGCCGCCGCCUUAUCAAGGUCUUCACCCGACUGGUCUCCCUCAGCGCCUGCGGCAGCGCCGCCGCCGCCGCUGCCGGAGCCCAGAAGAAGCGGCGGAAGAAGCAGGGCUUCGUACUCCUGAACGCCGCCGCCUUCCCGCCGGCGGAGGGAGGGGAAGACGGCCCCGCUCCUCCUCCUCCUCCUCAGCUCCAGAUCCGCCGGCCGCUCCCUUCACCGGCCUGCGCCGGCAGGAGGACCCUCUUCUUGGACCUGGACGAGACGCUGGUUCACUCCCAGACCAGCCCGCCGGUGGAGAAGUAUGACUUCGUGGUGCGCCCCACUGUCGACGGGCAAAUCCUUACCUUCUACGUGGUGAAGCGACCCGGCGUGGAGCAGCUGCUGGCGGAGGCAGCGAAGCACUUCGAGAUCGUCCUCUUCACCGCCGGCCUGAGGGAGUACGCCUCGCUCGUGCUCGACCGCCUCGACCCCCAUGGCGAGUUCAUCUCCCACAAGCUGUACCGCGACUCCUGCUCGGAGAUUGAGGGCAUCCUCACCAAGGAUCUGUCGGAUCUAGGAAGGGAUCUGAGUCGGGUGGUGAUCGUCGAUGACAACCCCAACUCGUACGCGUUGCAGCCGGCGAACGCAGUCCCCGUGGCUCCCUUCCUCAACGAUCUCAGUGACCGGGAGCUAUGGCGGGUGAUGGAGUUCUUCGCCGUGGCCGGCGACUUCGAGGACACCAGGGACGCCGUCAAGAGUUUCCUUUCCACCGGAGGAAAGAAGACCGAGAAGAACCCACUGCCCUGA